ACCUUUUUCAUUUCUCAACAAAUUUAUGUAUUAGAAAAUUCUUCUCCUCAUGCCUAGUAAAGCAUAGUGUCUUUAUUUAGCUCUACAAAAGCAAGCUUUCCCCAAGAAUAUAUUGAAGCCCCCAUCUUCCAAGCAAGCUUUGAGUAUUUUGAACUCAAAGCUAAUUAACCCUCCCUUUGCUAUAAACAAAAGAAGUUAGUCCAAGAAGUUCAAGAAGAAGAAAAUGGAAGAAUAUGACUUUGAAGAACUUGUAAAGGCAACAGAGAACUUCUCUCCAAAGAGACUCGUUGGCAAAGGAAGUCAUGGAUCGGUCUAUAAAGGCACAGUCAAAGACAACAAACUCGUUGCAAUAAAGAAGCCAACUUAUAGCUCAGAAGUUGUUCAUGACAGCUCAAAGCUCGACAAUGAAAUACGUGUAUUGUUGUCUCUACGUGAAAACCCACAUGUGAUCAACCUUCUUGGGACGAGUCAAGACUCAGCCAACAACAAAAAACUCCUUGUCAUGGAACUCAUGCCUAAUGGCUCUCUCCAUGACUUGCUUCAUGUUUGUACCACACCACCAACGUGGCCUAAGCGAGUUGAAAUCGCCAUCCGAGUCGCUCGAGCGGUGCAAUUUCUUCAUGAAGGCAAGCCUUUGGUUAUUCACAGAGACAUCAAGUCAGCAAACAUUUUGUUUGAUUCAAAUUGGAAUGCAAAAUUGGCAGAUUUUGGACUUGCGGUUCUACAAAGUGAUGACCAGGUGAGUCAAUUACCUGCUGGUACUAUUGGGUACUUGGACCCUUGUUACACUACUCCUAGCAAACUUAGCAAAAAAAAUGAUGUGUUUAGCUUUGGGGUUGUGUUAUUAGAGAUUAUUAGUGGUACGAAAGCUAUUGAUAUGUGUAGGACUCCUGCCUCUAUUGUGGAUUGGGCAGUACCAUUGAUUGGAGAGCUACGUGUCCGUGAAAUUUGUGACGCAAGGAUUGCAUUAUUGCCUACGUACAUGGAGGCCACGAUGAGACACAUGUUAUGUAUUGCAGCUCGAUGUGUUUCAUCAAAUGAAGAGCUUCGUCCUUCAAUUGGAGAAAUUACUAGGGUGAUAGAAAACCAUGGUGUUGUCCAGAGAGUUAGAUUUCCCAUUUGGAUGAGCUUUUUGAGGAGUGUGAUCCUCAUGAGGAGGCAGAGAAAAUUGGCCAGAAGGUGGCAAGCAAGAUGUGCUACACAACAAGGUGAUGUUCAUACCCAUAUAUCAACAAGCGGUAAGCUAUUAUUGAAGGAGGUUUUGGCUGAACAAUACGCUUAAGAUACAAUAAUUUUUACAACUUUUUCUCCAUUACAGAAUUGAUAUAGUAUGUACUGAUUGAUGUAUGAGUAAUAUACUCUAAUCAUAAUAUAUCAAGUUAAUAA